AUGGGGAUUUGCUUCAGCGCUGAAGAGCAGUUCCAAAUUUCUCAACAGCAAAACUAUCAGAAGAAGAAGACCUCAGGCAAAAAUUCAGCAGUGUAUCUAAUGAAUUCAGAUUGUAAAGAGUCAUCAUCAGUUGGUGGUGGUAAACCGAGUCCAAGUGGAUUGCCUUUGCCUCCUAAAAACAUCAAAGAUCUUCAGACAACUCCAGGGUACGAGAAUGUGGAUAUAUUCACCUACCAAGAGAUGAAAUUGGCUACGAAGCAGUUCAGGCCUGAUUACAUUCUUGGGGAAGGUGGCUUUGGUGUUGUCUACAAAGGUGUUAUAGAUGACAAUGUGCGGUCUGGUUAUAAGUCCACCAAAGUUGCCAUCAAAGAACUUAAUCCGGAAGGCUUUCAGGGUGAUCGAGAGUGGCUGGCUGAAGUUAACUAUUUAGGACAGCUUAGUCAUCCCAACUUGGUCAAGCUCAUUGGAUACUGCUGUGAAGAUGAACACAGGUUAUUAGUCUAUGAGUACAUGUCAUUGGGAAGCCUCGAGAAACAUCUUUUCCGAAGAGUUGGAUGCACUUUGACAUGGUCGAAAAGAGUGAAGAUCGCGCUAGACGCAGCCAAGGGUUUAGCUUUUCUUCAUGGUGCCGAACGCUCCGUUAUAUAUCGGGAUCUCAAGACAGCCAACAUAUUGCUGGAUGAGUGUUACAAUGCUAAGCUCGCAGACUUUGGACUAGCAAAAGAUGGUCCCAGCGGAGAUCAAACACACGUGUCAACACGUGUUAUGGGAACUUACGGCUACGCUGCUCCUGAGUAUGUAAUGACAGGACAUUUGACGUCAAGAAGUGAUGUUUAUGGAUACGGGGUACUUCUCCUUGAGAUGCUCCUCGGGAAGAGGGCGAUGGACAAAAGCAGACCUUGCCGGGAGCAUAACUUGGUAGAGUGGGCACGACCUCUACUGAAUCACAACAAAAAGCUUUUGAGGAUCAUAGACCCUCGAAUGGAUGGGCAAUACACCACUAAGGCGUUAAUGAAAGUAGCCGAUUUGGCAUACCAAUGCUUAAGCCAAAACCCGAAAGGGAGGCCCCUUAUGAGUCAUGCGGUGGAAGUCCUCGAGACCCUCAAGGAAGAUGGCGAUGCUCAGGGGGAAGUCAUGGCUAAUCUCCACAGCAGGGGCAAGUCCGUAACCUUAUAUGAAGCUGCUGCUCCUAGUGAUUCCCAAGGUACAAGAAACGUGGAUGGGGAUGGGCAGAGGAGGAGAAGGCCAGAAAGUGGUAGAAGCAAGAGUGAAGCCUCGGUUGACACUGACCUAUAUGUUUCUGCUCUCGUUUCAUCUGAUCCGAACGCUACAACCACUUGA